UGACUCUGCUGACGCCAGCGAAGGCGCAGCUGUAGCGAGAGCAACAGGCAAGCAUGCUCUCGUGUAACGUAAACAGCGCAGUUAAUCUAUUAUAUUUGAUCGCUAUUACGUGCAGUUAUGUUUUGCACAUUUCAGUGGGGGCAGAGGAUUGUGUGCUUGUGAACAAGGACUCUACUAGUGAGAAAGACAUCCUGCAACGUUUGACUGGCUUGAAGGGCGAAACGAUCUCACUGGAAGAUAAAGUUGGCGGUAAAAUACGGAACGUGUACGAAGUAGGGAUAUGUACAAAUGCCAACAAGUCAAUCCCCCAAGCUGGGGCUGUACAACAUGACAUGGUUCACAAUCAGACAUACAAGCUUGGCAGCAUCAAGGCAACAGCUUUAAAAGGAGGAAGCGACUGGAUAGUGAUAACAUAUAAGGAUGGGGACAAGUAUAACGGUACAUGUGGAAGUGGCGCACGAGAAGUGCACAUUAUGGUCACCUGCAACUCGACCGUUCAUCAUGGGACCCUGGAACUAGUGGAAGGGAACACGGACAACGGCACGGAAUGUUCGUACCUGUUCGUGGUUGGAAGUAGCAUCGUGUGCUCACCGCCAAAGAAAGCGGAAAAGCAUGGACUGAGUGGAGGUUCCGUGUUCUGCAUCUUGUUCUUCACGGUUGUCGGAUGUUACCUGUUUCUUGGGUUUCUGUACAAGAGAAUUGUCGUCGGUGCCAAAGGAGUGGAACAAAUACCAAACUACAAAUUUUGGAAAGAUUUUGGCAGCCUCCAGGCGGACGGCUGCAACUUCCUAUGCCGUGGCCAGUGUGCCGCCACACCAGAAGACCCGUCGUACCGCAACAUCGACGAAAGGCCACGACGAGCGGAAGAAGACAGAGAUGAUCAGCUGCUGUCUAUGUAGUGUUGCACACCCUCUGUGGUCUUACAAAGUCCCACUUUCUUGCCAUAUUUGUGGUAAUAAAGCCACAAAAAAUUCCUUUCUACCCAGGACUUGGUGUUUCGUUACGAAAGGAGGUUCCACCACGAAAUCACACUGAAGUAGCGUUUGCACUUAUUCGAAGCGUUAUGUAAUAGGAUGAUUUUACUUUGACUCUACUCUGAACACUGUUGUAUUACGAUUGUGUAAAAUUCCAUCUUCUGUAAGUGUCAGUAGACAUUAGAAUGAAUUUGUUUUACGUCAGUGAAAGGGGACUGGAACAGGGCUGUGUUCUGUAUUGAUACAAGUUCCCAUUGUGUGGGAAAUAAGACUUUCUGUCACCGUUGUUGCUUUUUCUUUGUUUUGUUUUCUCACCAACCUUGUAAAUGUUAGACGGUGCGAUAGUUUGUGUUCUGAAAAUUUACCUACUAACACCUGACACCAUCACUUGACAGUACCACGUGUCAAUCCUUUUUGUAGCCUUGCAACGUAAGGAACUGAUUGACAGUGUGCUAGGGUGCAUUUCUUUUACACCGUACUAUUUAUUUGCUUUAGUCUUCGACUCAGAUGGCACAUGGCAUUGGAUGCAAUGUAUCGGGGUGUUCUGUGAAACUUGCGAGUGGAAUACUCUGUUAACAUGUCUGUGUCACAUAGAUGCAUUUUAUAAUGUGAUAACGACAAUUUUUUUUCUCAUAUCUAGUCAUUUGAAGAGUUGUUAGCGAAGUAUAAACUAGGCAUGACCUGCAUUCUGAAUGAAUUUGUAACGUACCAAAUGGGCUGGUUUUGUUCACUUUGUGUGCUUGAGAAUCUUGUUAAACGUUGUGCUGCUGGAUAUGAAAAAAGGAAAUUAGAGUUCUUGAAAAAGAUGAGUGGAGACCAAAAGGGGGACGCCCAUUUGUCCUCUUCAAGGACAUUUCAAUCACGUCACACACAUCAAAACAUCAGUCAUUUGAACCUCGAACUGCUAUACGUACUAAGAAUUUUAGGGUCUCCAAUUUUGUUCAUGGUACACAAUUGGGCUGUGUUCGAUAACAAAGUACGUAUGAUCUCGCAGGGGAUGGGGGGGUGACGUGGGUGAAUCAGAGAAAGUUUAAGUUAUGGUAAGGCUUUUUGGUAAGGCAAAGUGGUAAGAGAGAAGUUACGGUAAGGCACUCUGUAGGUGAACAAAUAUGGUCUUAGUGCAGAAAAUGUUACUUUUAAGUCAUACCAAAAAUAGUGUACGUGUGCCUUAUGAACCUGCAAGGGGCACAUUCGGCUGUGUUUUGCAAGGGCCAUGUUUUCCCGGACCCAGACUGUCUUAUGCAUAGCUACUCUAUGAUGCAACUUCCUGAAUGAAUGCCGUUUGUAACAAGUGGUGUGUUGCCUGCCUUUUGCAUUGCUUGUGUAGUAUAUGUGUGUGUGUACUUCAGUUCAAGGAUACGACAAAGACAUCCUUGCAAGGACUAUUCUGCAUAGUAUGCAUAAUAAGCCGCUAUUCCAUAUGCUCUGCAGAUACUGCAACAAAUGGGGACGGCUUAACCUCCUCUUGAACGUGUGUGCCUUUUCCUCCUGUUUUGUCACAUGCACAGGGUUUCUAUUGCAAAUAAAAUAGCAGUUUUCAUUUGCA